AGUAAUACCUUACAUUUCAAAUCCACAGUCAAUUGAUUAAAUAUAUUAGUUGAAUAUUCACUAUGGAGUAAGUGGUUAAUUUUUGCUUUCCUAUACUACUUUGUUUCACUUGACACCAAAAAAUUGAUAUCCUUAUGAACUUAAAAAAAUUAUUAAAAAAGUAAAUAAUUUUAAAUUUAUUCAGAGUUGUUUCAUAUCAUGUAAUGGUGACUUCUGCAAAUGUAACCUUUACACAAAUGACAACGUUCAUAUACUUCAUCUAUUGUAACUAGUUAUUGUUCAUUUGAAAAAUACAUUAAACUAAAAUGUCUGCUAUCAACAUGGUUUACUUAAUAAAUAUUUUACCCUGUGCAUGGACUGUUAAUAUGCGGAAGCAUUAUCGCAUUGUUACUAUGGUUCUUUAAGCUAUUCGUUGAAAGUGUUUGUUUUUCAAACACAUUCUGAGCCAAAUAACAGGUCUUGUACAUGGCGCUAUUGACUCAUUAUGUUCACCGAAGUUGAUAAUGUCAUUUCUGGUUCCUUAAACUUUACUGACCAACAAAAUGCAAGUAACAUUUUUUCUAGCGAGUAAGGAUGUCGCUCAGGUAUACUGAAAACUCAAGAGACGUAUGAAAGUAGGAAUGCGUUCAAAAAUUUCGCAUUACGUAUACCUUUAGAUAUUCACUGCAUACUUCUACUACACUCUGGUCGCUAAAAUGAACUUUUAUGCAAAAAUUUAAACCAUAAAGAAACAAUAAUUAUUUAGUCACAAAACGAUCCCUAAAAGCCAUUUUUUUACUCCAAUAGAUUCACUGCCACAAGUUAACAUAUAUGUGAGAUGAACAAUAAAUAUCAGCAUUGACUUAGCAGUUGUUGAAACUUGUCUAAGAGUUACUACCACUCAAUAUUAUUAGGUUUUAAAAGUGGAUACGACAGUGUUUACUAAUUGCUCAUUAUUUUUAAUGAUCCACUGAUACAACUGUAGUAAAAACCACCGUCAGAAUUUCAUAUAAAAGAACUGACAUUAAUUUAAUAUGAAUAUAAUUUUCCUUUAAUUUCUGUUUUAUUAGAGAAUUGGAGGUCAAAGAGAUGUUCUGUAUGAUUGAUAAGAAACAACGUGGUAGAAUCACUUGUAAACAAUUAAGAAGAUUUCUAAGGAGACAUGACGCUAAAUUCAGUAAGAAAUCUGUAAGAAAUUACGUCAAGUCAAUAGACAGUGAUGGGGAUGGUAAAUUAACAUUGGAUGACUUUAUAAGAGCGCUUACCAAAUGUGAUCAUACAAAAUAAAUUAUGUUAAAUGUGAUUUCAUUCUAAUAAAGAAAAAAAUGAAAUAAGUAUAAAAUGUAAGGAAAAAUUAACCUACUUAAUAAAAUCAAACACUUUAUUACUACUUAUCCUUCUGCUAUUCCUCUGAAUUAGUAUGGCUUUCUAGAAUAACUCAAUAAAAUAUAUUUAUAUAAAUAUUAAUCUGCAUAUCACCAUAAUAAAUAGUGUACAUGGUUGCUUGUGAAAAGAAUGAAUUCGAUUUUGUUUUACUAAAUAUUCGAAGAUUUAAUCUGUUUUCUUUUGUAUUUAUUGGUUGUUUAUUAUGUUCAAUUUAAUAUAUAAUAAAUUAUUUCUCAAUGUUAGUUGAAUAGGUUACUUAUUAAAUUGCUGCAAAGAGGAAAGGAAAUAUUGAUUAGCAGUUAGAUUAUUAUAGUAGUGUUAUUAUGUAACAUGGUGACUAGUACAUUAAUUUUUAUUAAGCGUGACUAAGCUCAUUACUUCUACGUAGUGUAGUCACUGUUAGUGAAAAAAUCAUUAAAACCUGUCUCCAAGUGCCAAUAGCUAUGGAUACAUUUAAUUGCUGAUCUUUUUUCACUCAAGUCAAUAUUCUAUGGUUGAGUGAAUAGAAGAUUAGUUUGAUCUCUUAAAUAAUUAAGAAUUAAAGAGUCUUUAUACUCGUAUAUAUGAUUAUUGAUAAACAGAUAAGUAUCGGCAACGUAAUAAAAACAUUGAUAAUAAUCAAAUGGAUAAUGAAUUUUUUAACUGGGGGAAAUGGAGUAGUGGGAUAGUACUUUAUCUAACACUUAAGUUUCGAUACAAUGAUAAUUAAUCUAUAUUUUAUUGAGUUCUGUUUAUCCCUUAUCCACUACAUUACCAUUGAAAAUAUGAUUUAGGCAAACAGAAAAAUAUCACUUAGUGUAGUUCUGUUUUGUUGAAAUUAUUUAUGGAAAUACUCAAACAGAAACAAUGGAAAACUAAUGGAUAACCUUUUUAAUGUCAAAGCGGAAUGAUAAACGUCUCAUUUUUUUGUUACGUAAUCUAGUUAACGUGGUGAGGAUCUAUGGCAGUUUGCAUUUUAAUGCCAACGUAAUUAUACGAAUAUAUAUUCUGAUUGCGUUUUAUCGAAGUUCCACUUGUGAAAUAUUACUUAUAUUGUACAUCUUAAUGAUAACUGUGCACAAUUUUAUUCAUUCUCAUCUCUUCCAAAUAAAUCCAUUAAAAGUC